GUUUACCUGGGUCUGACGGUCGAAUCGUCCGCCGACGUCCUUUACAGCCGGCCAUGGAUCUGAAUUUAUCGACACUGAUCCAAACGAGCGGCCGCGUAAUCUCCUCCGCAAAUUUCAUCCAAGACCCAGAGUUCUCUGUCUUCGACAUCGAGCUUGGUCCGACUGAUACUUUCCGUCUUUCUCACUGCGUCGGUGGAAGGUAUUGGUAUCCUUCGGACACCUGGUGGUUCACUUCUGCGCAGUUCCACUCUACCGACGACAUUGGUCCGCGCGAAGAUGUCUGUUGUGUUCUGUAUCGACUCACCGACGGGCGUUAUGGUAUGAUCAUGCCUUUCGAUCCUGAUGCCGCAACGGGCACGCACACCUCCGUUCCCGCGCUCACCGUGAAGGAAAACGGUACUUUCGGCGUUCACCGAACUUGUCACGUUCUCCUCGUUGCCUGUUCUCCGGAAUACACGGACCAACUGUACGCCCGUUCCUCCAUCCACCUCCGUGCUCUCCUCGCCUCUAAACUUCCACUUUCUCCUCUUCCCUCCACGACCUGGCCCUUCUCUCCCACACCCUGCUGGUUCGACCACCUCGAUGGUCUAGGCGCUUGUACGUGGGACAUGUUCUACCGCGACGUCAACCAUCCCUCCGUCAUCUCCGCCAUCCGUAAAAUCCAAGCCUCGGGAACACGAUUGCAAUACGUGAUCCUGGACGACGGAUGGCAGCGCACGACGAAAUACGGACAACUACAGGACUGGAACACGAAUGAGAAGUUUCCGGGAGGGCUUAAAGCUCUGGUAAAGGACGCUGAGGAGGAAGGUGUAAGGAGGUUGAUCGUCUGGCAUGCGUUGCAAGGGUAUUGGUUGGGUGUGGAGGAUGGCGAGCGUGUCGAUACUCCGGAUAAGCUGCGUGAGGUUGCCAGCCCGGAUGCAGCGAAAGACCAUAUCGACGCUCGUAUUCCACGAAACGCCGAGCAGUUCUACGACGAAGGUUAUGCCACGUUGAGCAAAGCUGGCAUCAGCGGCUGCAAAAUCGAUUGUCAAGCAACCUUAACAACGACGGCCCAUGAGCACAUCGAGCGCCUCCAACGAGCCGCCUUACACGCUUCUAAACAACAUUUCCCUGGCUCACCUCAGGUGAACUGUAUGUCCCACGAUUUGUCCCUCCUCCACACUCUUCUCGCGACUACGCACCCUUCCAACCCCUACCUCAUCCGCGCCUCCGACGAUUUCAUCCCACAUAACUCCUCGUCUCAUGCGCCGAUGCUGAAACAAAACAUCUUGAAUUCCGGGUUUAUCUCCAUGUUUGGCCUCCCGGACUGGGACAUGUUUCGCACGCAUCUCGGGGAGAGUCCGGAGUGGGUUAUGCCCCAUCUCCUCUCGCGAUUAAUCUCGGGCGGGCCAGUGUAUGUGUCUGACGACGCUGACAAGCACAACGUCGGACUGAUCUCGAAGUGCGAGAUUUUGAGUGCGGCAGGACGAAUCAUUCCGCGUCUCGCGCGCCCAGGCGCCUCGAAGCUGGAGGAUGUCGUGCGUGGGGACGACGGUGUGUUUGUUGUGUGGAAUACUUGUGGGGAUGAUGAUGCUGUCAAAGUCUGUCUUGUUCUUAACUUGAGCCACGAGACGAAAUCAUACAAACUUCUUGUGGUGGACGGAUACGAUUUAGUCCGUGUCUCUUAUCCCAUCGAGUGGGCCGGUAAACUGGAUGACGAGGAAGUGGUCAUAAGGCUCACCACAACCAGCCGUGCGGCGGUCAUCGAGUAUCACAAGCCCCGUUGCUUCCCAGACAUACCAUUCCGGAGUCUCGGAUUGGAAAACGCAUGGCUGCCGUCUGCGAGUUUGCUGUGGGAGCACUGCACGGGUCCGGACACCGCAUUUUCCGCUGCUUUGCGCGCUGUCGAAGGGAGGUUCGUAUUCUACCAUGGUGGGAGGUUAAUUCAUGAACCACUGUGCUCGUAUGUGUUGGAUGGGAAAGUGGUACGGAAGUGGAAGGCCCGGGUUGAAGCUCGUAGUGACACGACGUGUGUUGUCGUGGUUGAUGGGAGCCAGCAGCUAUCGAGUGGGCUUGAGAAGGGAACGUAUCUAGUAAUUAGCGUGGAUUCCUCAUAGGAUAAUAAUCUCUGCUAUGGCCGGCAAUGUGUGCGAUAUACAACCUCGAACGACAUCC